AUGUUUUCUAGAAGUAUCAAAAGAAGCCACGUCUUUUCAUCGGCUUAUAAGUCUGGCAGGCUAUUUUCCACCACUUACAAUGCGUCACAGAAAAGUCCUACUGGGAUCGUCUUCAUGAAUAUGGGAGGCCCAUCGACUGUCGAAGAGACCAGAGAAUUCUUGCUCAGGUUAUUCAGUGACAGAGAUAUCAUUAAUAUUCCUUUCCAAAAAUACCUUGCCAAAUGGAUUGUGAAAAGAAGAACUCCAGUUAUUGAGCAAAGAUACCUGGAAAUCGGUGGCGGUUCUCCAAUUCGCCAAUGGUCUGAAUACCAAGCUUCGAAAGUUUGCAGUAUUUUGGACAAGACGUGCCCAGAAACUGCUCCUCAUAAACCAUACGUUGCCUUUAGAUAUGCCAAACCAUACACCGAGGAAACUUUACCAUUGAUGCUCAAAGAUGGUGUCAAGAGAGCCGUUGCAUUUUCCCAAUAUCCACAAUUUAGUUAUUCCACCACCGGUUCAAGUGUGAAUGAAUUAUGGAGACAAACCCUUAAAUUUGAUCCUCAAAGGAGCAUCAACUGGUCGAUUAUUGAUAGAUGGCCAAAGAAUGCAAAAUUCGUUAAAGCAGUCUCGGAUCAUGUGUCGGAAAAAUUACAAGAAUUCCCAGAAGAAGAUAGAGAUAAGGUUACGAUUUUGUUUUCUGCCCACUCAUUGCCAAUGGAUGUUGUCAACACUGGUGAUGCCUACCCAGCAGAAGUUGCUGCCACCGUGUAUUCUGUUAUGGAACAAUUGAAUUUCGGUAAUGAAUAUAGAUUAGUUUGGCAAUCUAAAGUCGGACCAAAACCUUGGUUGGGUGCUCAAACGGUGGCCACUGUGCAAAAAUUGGAAAAAGCCGAUGGUUACAAGGGUCUUGUUAUUGUUCCAAUUGCUUUCACCUCCGACCACAUUGAAACUUUGCAUGAAUUAGAUAUUGAGUUACUUGAAGAAGUGAAGAAACCAGAAUUGAUCAAAAGAUCUGCCUCAUUGAACGGGAACUCUCUUUUCAUCGAAGCUUUGGCCGACAUUGCUAAAGAACACUUUGACCUGGGCUUGCCUUACUCUAAACAAUUGGAAUUGGAUUACAAAUUGGCCCCUCCUUCAGAAGGAAUUUUCAAUCAUGUUUCCGAACUCUUUGGAGACCACAGUACUAAAAAAUAG